CACAAAGCCUUUACGAGUCUCUGUCACACCGUCUCAUAGCUUCACAUAGCAUUUCUGGUCUGUGUCCAGCAACCUCUGACUCUGAAGUGACUGACAAAACGAGAAAACAACAACCUUGACGGUGAGAUGAAAACUGAGAAGGAGCCGGGGGUCGUACUCAUCACAGCGAAUAGUGUUUUGGAAGAGGCUCCAUCAUCUGGGAGGUCAAAGAAUGGAUAUGUUUUCCAGGAGAUGGAGUUGCGAGACGUGGAGCGGGAGGAAUGUGUUGAUGGCAAAGUGGGGAACCAUGACAAUACACCUAAGGACCACCAUGACACUCCGAUCCAAACAGGGAUUUCAGUUCCAGAUGACCCUGGGGAUGACCCUGGGUUUGGGCUCCUGAACACAUCAAGAAAAUAUGUGAAGCCGAUGAACUUCCAGGAGGAAGUGCGCGGCCACCGGGACCUAGAUGGCUUCCUGGCCCAGGCCAGUAUCCUAUUGGAUGAUAAGGCAACCACUCUAGACGAGGUGCUAAGGUGCAUGCUGACCCAUGUAACAGAAGACGGCCACGGGGGCUGUGACAUGGACGAGGUCAUGAACACUGUGUUCGCAGACACAGGAGGAGAUGAGGACAAUGUGCAAUUGUUGUCCGAGACCAUUCAGGGUGUGACUGCUUCUGCCACUGGAGUCCGCUACCAGCAGUCCUGGCUCUGUGUCCUAUGCAAUGUGAAGAGCCUCCAGAGACGCCACGUCUGCAUCGCCCGUCUGGAGAGACCACAGAACUGGGGAGCCAACUGUUGUGAGGCUCGAUAUGUCAUCCUCAUUCUCUCCCCACCUAGAACGAAAAGCACCAAGACAGCUAUCGAGCUGGGCCGCACAUUCGCCACCAUGUUCUCAGACAUCUCCUUCAGACAGAAACUGCUGGACGCCAAGACCCAGGAGGAGUUCAAACAAGAGCUGGUGCACCAGCGUCAUCAUCUCUCUAUAGUCAAUGAGAAACCAGCUACAGAGAAGCAGAUGAUCCAUGCAGAAACGGACCCACGCAGCAAAAAAACACUAAAAUGUGCAGAUUUCUUUAAAGUUGGCCGAGGUAUCUAUGAGGAUCUUCGUCGGCGACUACCACUCUAUCCCUCAGACUUCACAGACGGUAUGUACGGCAAAGACCGCUCCUGGCUGAAGUACACCACCACCGCCAUCUUCCUGUACAUUGCAAUUCUACUUCCUAACAUCGCCUUUGGUUCGCUGAACGAUGAGAGCACGCGGGGAGAGAUAGAUGUCCGGAAAGUCAUCGUUGGCCAGAGCAUCGGAGGAGUGAUCUACUCUCUGUUUGCUGGUGCUCCUUUGGUUAUCCCACUGACUACUGCACCCCUGGCCAUCUUUAUUAGCGUGAUCCGGGGAAUCUGUGAUGACUACGAUUUGGACUUCCCUGCCUUCUAUGCCUGCAUUGGCUUGUGGAACAGCUUCUUUCUCAUCCUGGGAGCACUUUUGAAUGUCAGUCUGUUCAUGAAGCUCUUCAAACGCUCAUCAGAGGAAAUCAUAGCCCUGUUCAUUUCAAUAGCCUUUGUUGGGGACUCGGUGAAAGGCACUGUCAAAAUCUUUAAUUACUUCUACCACGGGCCCACGCUGGCAACCAAUAACAGCACUCGGGUGCUUCUAGAGAUCAAGGAGUUAAUGGAGAAGGCUGCAAAUGCAACAGAGAGGCUGGGGAGUAGGACCAGCGAUGGGGCCCCUGUGGUGAAGGAUGUCACGCAUGUGUUUCUGCCCGAGUCUCUGGUCCUGUGUACCAGGGAGAGGCCUAUCCUCUGUCUCCUGCUCAUGCUGGGGACUCUGUGGUUGGGGUAUGCCCUCUACCAGCUGAGAAGGAGUCCUUAUCUGCAUGCCAAAGUGAGAGAGGUGGUGUCCGACUGUGCCUUACCCAUCGCUGUCGUUAUAUUCUCCUUCAUUGGUUCCUUCCUUUUCCUUGAUGUAGAGCUUCCUGUGUUCAACUUCCACAACGGGAAGAUCUUCAGGCUGGCCCAGUUUGACAAGCUGACGGGCAUGAACUGUCUGAGUGCUGUAGGCUUAGGCUUCCUCCUGGCGCUGCUCAUCUUCAUCGACCAGAAUAUUGUCAUAUCACUCACCCACGUCCCCGAAGCAAAGUUGUUGAAGGGAACUGCAUUCCACUGGGACCUGAUGCUGACCGGCUUCAUCAACAUCCUCAUGUCGUGCCUGGGUUUGCCGUGGAUGCACGCAGCAUUCCCACACUCCUCCCUGCACGCACGUCAGCUGGCCAAAGUGGAGCUGCACGUGGAGGGGGGACACCUCUAUGAAACCAUUGUCAAUGUGAAGGAGACGCGGAUCACGGCUCUGACGGCUAACAUCCUGAUCGGCCUGUCAGUGUUCUUGUUACCCAUCCCUCUGCAGUGGAUCCCCAAGCCUGUCCUCUACGGCCUUUUCCUCUACAUAGCAGCCACCUCCCUCGACGGCAACCAGAUGUUUGACCGCAUGCUCCUCCUCCUCAAAGAACAGACUUCCUACCCUCCCACCCACUACAUUCGGAGGGUGCCCCAGAAGAAGGUGCACUUCUUCACAGCCCUGCAGAUACUGCAGUUGAUCAUCCUGUGUGCGUUUGGCAUGUACCCUCUGCCCUAUAUUAAGAUGAUCUUCCCCUUCUUGAUGAUCCUGCUCAUUCCCAUCAGGACUAACCUGCUGCCAAGGGUAAUCGAGGCGAAGUAUCUGGACAUCAUGGAUUCUCAGCACAUGUAGACAGACGGAGGGAGAACUCUAAAAGGACUGAUACCAAGGCCUUGAUUCAAUUUGUAGCGUUGAAGACCUACGCUAAAGCUCAAUAGAAAUUUAAAGAUAAUGUUCCCGCAUUUGCGGAGACUGCAUUCAAAGAAGGCUCGAUCAGAAAUUACCGUUCAUUUAAAAUCGCACUACAGUGCAAAUCUUCAGCUCUAUGAAUUGAUUUGAGCCCCCUAAAAUACAAAAUCUAUUUUGUAAACUGGGUCAAAGACGUAUAAGGUUUUCAAAGGAGCAAAAAAAUAAAACAGCAAUUACAAUUCCCUUCAAAUCCUUUUUAUGUUCAUAGGAGUGUCAUAUAUGCCCUUAUAUUAGUUAUAUUCAAGAAUAAAGCCAAUUUUUUAAAAAGUGAUUCAUUUGAAUGUACCCUAGUAAAAUGUCAUUCAGUAUAACACUAAGUGUUUAAAAAAAAUGUAUGCCCAUUUUUCAUAAUCCCAAGGUUAUAUUCAUGCUUAGACUGGCAGUAAUAUAACUACCCAGAAAAAAUGACCAUUAUUUUAUUUUGAAUACCACAUAUUUUAUGUGUCACAGGUACAACUCAAAAUCUAUUGAAGGUCUUUUACAAAAACUUUGUAAAAAUGGUAAAAUCGACGAAAAUAUCUUUUACUUCAUCCUUUGAGAUUUGUUUUUAUCUAUCAGAGUUAAGUUAUUGCAUUUUAAUAUAAUAUACUGGUAUUAUACUGUACGACAAUAUUUUGUUACCCUGAAUGACACAUCACUACGGCCCAAAAAUAUUGAUGAAAUGUGAUUCCUUUUAGCAACAACAAUAAUGAUCCUAUGAAUGAUUAUUAGUAGCCACAAUAGUAUUUUUCAAGGACUCAGAUGGUUGAUCCAGUUCUGGAGGUGCAGGUUCAUGUUGUACAUGUACAAGUUGUUCAGGGGGCUGCUCAAAAGAGUUUCAUCACCACAUUCAUUUGUUCGAUUCUUUCACGGUGCUUUCUCUAAUUUAAUCUCACAUUUUCCCUCUUUUUCAGCAUGAGAUUGUCAUUGUAUGGAUCGGUGGAUGAUCAGCAUAGACAUCCUUCUUUCUUCUCUGAUAGCUAAAAAACUAAAAUGUAAUAGUUAUGACACUGGGACAGAAUAGGAUUCACAUCCAUGAAAUGUUAUUAGUAGUCUAUUAAAAGUAGGCAAUACAAUGAUAACACUUAAUCAAAGUUUAAAAGUUAAAUCAACUCCCUCUCCUUUUCUCUUUCAAACAUGUUUUGUUACUAUUUCAUUGCUAAUGUUAAUAAUAAUCACCUUACUAUAAUUUUAGCCUGUGGCAACACUUUACGUUGCAUUAAAUUGCAUUAUUACACAAUUAUUACAUAAUAGUUCAUGUUAUAAUUAUACAUUGUUACACUGUAACUGGUGAAUGUAUAUUUAAUGCAGGUACACAAAUGUAAUUCCAAGAUACCUACACAAAAUAGCUACAUAAAAUGGCCAUCAAACUACUUCAAUUCCCCAAAUGUGAAGCAGCAAUAAAACAAAAAUCCAUUUUUAAUUCAUAAUCGUGUGUGUGUUUGUAAUAUUAUAUUAACUAAUAUACACCAUCAGUUAUACCUUAACUGCAGUGCAAUAAAACAUUAACUACAGUGUAAUAGUGCAACUUAAUGUUAAGCGUUAUCCACCCAGUUUUAUAUGCUAUUGUAUCCUAUUCUGUUGCUGACAGUAGCAUGAAACAAUUAAAACAAUACCUUGCUUUUCUUCUGGCUAGUCUUUCCUCCCUAGCAACUGGAUCUGCAUUAAUCUGUUGUCUGUGCCGUGCAGCCCUCUUCUUAUUAGACAACGGCAUCUACAGUAUAAAUAUAAUGUGCCUUGAAAUACCUUAAAAUGUCAUACAUUUGUUUACAAUGUUAAUAUUCAGUUUUCAAACAUCAAGUAAAUAUCAAUUGCAUGAUUAAAUGUUGUAAACUAGUGAAAACAUGGGAUAACAAAGCUACUGUCAUUCAGCAUAAUGGUGACAAUGUGGUAUAACAUGAAACUUUUGUUGUGCUGAAGAACAAACGCGUGAUACUUAAGGAUGGAUUUCAUAAAUAAACAUAUUUAACAGGCAGUUCCUUGGCCAUCUAUAUAAAUUAAUGACAUUGAAUAAAGAUUAUUCUUAUUUUUUAUAUUUAAUAGAGCUUUUUAUAAAAUAAUAACAUUAAAAUGUUAUUUUCUGUAUUGUACUGAAGGACAUGCAUUUUCGUUACAAUGAAAGGUGAAAUCAUAAAAUAUUUCAGAGAGAUUUACUCACCUCAUCACAUUGAUAGAGGGUCUUCAAUGGGUCUUCUUUGUGAUGUCACACACUGUCACAUAAUUACCAUCAUGUGAUAUGCUUAAAAAUGGCUUUUUACCUUUGUUAUACUGAAUGACUUUGAUGAAACUCAAAAUUCCGGACAAAAGUUAUUAAAGUUUUUAAAUAUUUUUUAGAUACAGUAUGUCACCCAUUAUUCUAUAUAUUGUUGCAAACACUAACACAAUUAUGCCAUGGGUUUUCAUUUAUAUUUUUAGGAUGAAUUUUUACAUUUUAAAAACACUUUUGUAAUUCCAAUAUUUACCCGGACAGUUACACUGAAGGACAUUUUGACAGUUUAGAGCUCAAUAACUCUUAAUUUAAUAGUUUGCAACACAAAUAUUUAUGGGUGAAAAGAAGGGUAAGAGUUGAGUGAUUUAAUAUUAUAUUCAUACAUAUUUAUCUUUUUCUGUUAAAUGAAUGGCCUUCGGACACCAAAUUUACACGUCUUUGACCCAGUACAUGUUAAGGCCCUUUGACUCCAAGAGUACUAGACUGUGACUGGGUUGCAACCGGUAGUUGACUGAAAUUGAAAUCUAGAUGGACCACAAUUUUCACCUUUUUUAUUUUGUUACGUAUAAGCCGUGCUUCUACAUCUGCAUUGCUUGCUGUUUGGGGUUUUAGGCUGGGUUCUGUAUAGCACUUUGUGACAUCGGCUGAUGUAAAAAGCGCUUUAUAAAUAAAUGUGAUUGAUUGACGUACAGUAGAUGCUUAAUCUAUGUAGUUGCUUUAUCUAUAUAGUUGCUAAAAUAUUUAACAUACUCUUUAACCUCUCUUCUUAUUGUAUUAUGAGAAAUUCUGCACAACACAAGGCAUUAUCUAAUUCUGCCCCUGACCCACAUCCUACCUUUAUAUAACAUGUUUAAGCUCAUUGUAUUGUUGUAUAUGAAUAAGGUAAACAUUUAGAAAGAUCAACAUUGUUUUGGUUUUAGGCUGGGAUCUGCAGAUAGUCAUGGUUGUUUAUAGUUCAAUAUUUUUGGUUACUUAUACAAAAUCAAUUCACAAUGAAUUGGCCAGAUUGCAAUGCAAUUGUGCCAUAACUUCUGCAAUUACAAAGUAACAUACAGGAUAUUAACGUAAAACAAACAAAUAUGUUGCACAGUAUACUGCUUUCCUGCUGUUUAAGCUGUUACCAAACGAAUAAAGCCUUUUAAAUGA